CGGCAUUCAUGGACCCAAACCCUCGGCUGUCCGUCCCUCUGUAACGGGCUGCAGCGGGUGAACCAUCCUGGACACAAACCUGGGACGUUUUGCUUUUUCUUCUGUCGCUGCUUUUCCCAGGCGUCAUGUCUUUUGGCACCAACAUAAAAGCUGGCUUCUCCGUGCGGGACAUCCUGGAUCUGCCAAACCCGAACGCGAGAUGCGGCUCCGGGACCGAGGAGACCGAGGAAGACGAGACCGAGGAGGCCUCUGCGGAGGUUUCAGGGUCGGAAAAUGCGAGUUUGUGCGAGCGCGGAAGCUUCGGCAGGUGGAGCCGCGGAUCCGGUAACCUGCACUUCUCCUUACACGGUCUGUCCUUAGAGGCCCAUACCGAGUCCAAAUCUCCCGAGCUCUUCACGGACGAGUCUCCGGACGCAGAGGGAGACCCGGCGCGCAGCGCGUCGCAGAAGAGCCGCAGCAGGAAGCGGCGGGUGCUCUUCUCCAAAGCGCAGACCUUGGAGCUGGAGCGCCGCUUCCGGCAGCAGCGCUACCUCUCCGCCCCGGAGAGGGAACACCUGGCCGGGCUGAUCCGCCUCACCCCGAACCAGGUGAAGAUCUGGUUCCAGAACCACCGCUACAAGAUGAAGCGGGCCAGGGUCGAGCACAGCUUGGAGGCGCUGCAGCUGCUGCCGGCCCGUCGGGUCGCCAUCCCGGUUCUGGUGCGGGACGGGAAGCCCUGCGACCGAAUCAUAGCGGGGGACCUGGAGACGACUCUAAGGUCCGGUCUGAGCCUACCUCUGUGUGCCUAUUCCCCGCUGCUGCAUCCCGCUUAUGGCCCGGGGCACCCCGGGAUGCCGCAGCAGCACGCAGGAGUGCAGCAGCUGGCGCACAUGUACCACUGGAGCUGGUGAAGCCCGAGACAAACUUUCAUGGAUACAAUUCAUAAGACGUCCACGUUACAACCUGGUGUUCGCCUUAAAAUUAUUGUUUUUCUUCGCAGAAUCGGCUCUUUUUUGAAUGGAGUUUGGUAAAUAUCAGGAUCUGUAUUUCACAGAAAGAUAAUAAAGGAUGUGUCUUGAAACAAGGCAAAACAAAACAAGAAAAUUUAAAUCUUAAAGUUGAAGCACAAGUACUUAUAUUCUAUCAAUUUUCCCUGUCGGUUUCUGUUUUCAACCUUUCAUCCAGAUUGUAGGACAUUUACUCCUGUAAUGUCGAAAUUUCCUAAAAAAAGAUCUUUCAUA